AUGGCCGACAAACUGAGGAACGACAACAGCAAGAUCUUCUCCUCCUGCUCUUCCUCCGGCGAGUCGAGACGGCUCCAACGGCGGAGGCCGGCGUCCUUGCAAAUAAGUCCGGCAUCUUCCACCUUCUGGAGCACCGCCAUCCCUCUUCUCUCCCCUCUUGACGCCUCUCCGACCGUCGUCGAUCGAAAAUCGGAGAUGUCGGCUCAUCAGAAUCAGAGUCAGAGGGGCGGCGGGGAGGCGGAGAAGAAGGAGGCAAUCGUGUUCAAGAAAUGGCAGCACCCUGCGGCGCCCUUCUGUUACAAGCCGACCAAGUUGAUGUCGUCGUUCUUCGUCCCCGUAGAGCCUUGUUAG